AUGUGCGCUUACCUGCACUCUGGUGUUUAUCUACUUGUUAUUCUUUUACAUUCUGGAAUGGAGACGGAAAAAAUUCGCUAUGAUCGGCUUAACCAGGUGGUCAAAAAAGCCGUGGAGCAGACAAUCAAGCGGCUGUUGAUGCCCGAGCAGCUUGAAAAGUGUUUCCCGACGAUAUCGAAAAUGGACGGCGGUCCAGAAGCGUUGGAAAUGGCUCGGAAACAAAUGCAAAAGUACUUCCACAGCACGUGUUUCAAGCAGUUUGAGCACAUUUUCGAGAACAGAGACAUCCACCGCAAACUCGACGAGUUGGACGAGAUCAUACAUGACGCACAACAAAGAAGAGACCUUUCUCUGGCUGAAUCAGACAUUUCGGUAGACACAUUGACAGCAUCGCAGCUAAUAGAGGCCACUGUGGCUCUGACGCGGCAGGAUUCGGUGAAAAAACUCACCAUGAUAUACGACCAGUUGGUUUUGGACAAUAAACAGCUUUUUCAAGAGCUCCGGGAGCUAGCGCAGCAACUGGAUCUGUUGAAACAGGAUAUCGAGGGCUCGAUCCAGGCUCUUCUGAGUGGCAUUGACGAUUUGAAGCGCCAGAACUUGGAUCUGCUGGUGGACACGCUCAUGGCCGAGGUUUUUACCGAGAGUUAG